UGCUCUGAGAGAGGGUGAAAGCGAAAGCGGGAAGCGUCAGACGUGGAACCCAACAGAGGCCAAGACCGUGGCCCUUCUCGCUCCACGCUGGUGCCACUCGUCCGACCAUCGACCCCAACCCCCGGACCGCCCUGCCCACCGCAAGAUGCUGAAGCCAGCGCUAGAGCCCCGAAGGGGCUUCUCCUUCGAGAACUGCCAGAGAAACGCAUCCUUGGAACGCGUCCUGCCGCGGCUCCGGGUCCCUCAUGCACGCAAAACCGGGACCACCAUCGCGGGCCUUGUGUUCCAAGACGGGGUCAUCCUGGGCGCGGAUACGCGGGCCACUAACGAUUCGGUCGUGGCGGACAAGAACUGCGAGAAAAUCCACUUCAUCGCUCCCAAAAUCUACUGCUGUGGGGCUGGAGUGGCCGCGGACGCCGAGAUGACCACGCGGAUGGCGGCGUCCAACAUGGAGUUACACGCGCUGUCCACGGGCCGCGAGCCCCGUGUGACCACGGUCACUCGCCUUUUGCGCCAGACCCUCUUCCGGUACCAGGGCCACGUGGGCGCGUCGCUGAUCGUGGGAGGCGUAGACUUGACAGGACCGCAGCUCUAUGGCGUGCACCCCCACGGCUCCUACAGCCGUCUGCCCUUCACGGCCCUCGGCUCCGGCCAGGACGCGGCCCUGGCGGUUCUGGAGGACCGGUUCCAACCGAACAUGACGCUGGAGGCCGCGCAGGAGCUGCUGGUGGAAGCCAUCACUGCAGGAAUCCUGGGUGACCUGGGCUCUGGGGGCAGUGUGGAUGCAUGUGUGAUCACAAGGACCGGUGCCAAGCUGCUGCGAACACUGAGCUCGCCCACAAAGCCCAUAGAGAGGCCCAGCCAGUACCGCUUUGCCCCUGGGACCACAGCUGUCCUGUCCCAGACAGUGACGCCGCUGACCCUGGAGCUGCUGGAGGAAACUGUGCAGGCCAUGGAGGUGGAGUGAAGUAGGCUGAGGCUCAGAACUUGGAACAAGGGGAAAUAAACCCAGAAAAUAAAACACCUAAACAG